GCCCCUUUUAUGCCUUAGAUGCACACAGUGGAUUGUGUCGAGCAGCUGUUGUAUCACACACUCCUCUGUAUCAUCAGAUAUACAAGUAUAGCCGUAACAUCAAUAAUACCGUGACAACUGACACUUGUAUACACAGUCAGGGGCUCGAGUUACACACUACAGUUAGUAGUGUGUUCUCGUUUCAGGCAAGUGUGCUUACCGAGGCGAGGCAGUCUCUUGUCUACAGCCAUGUCAUCUUAUUAUUGUGUUUCUGAGUAUUUCUGGAAUGGGAGUGAAUGUGUUCCAUGUGAGCAAGUAUAUCCAAUUACAGCGGGUUAUGAAUUUAAUCGACAUUGUGGACGACAAGAUGAUGGAGGACACAUUUCGACAGCAUACAAAACCUGCGACAACGGAAAAUUUAACAACGGGUCAUUUUUAAACUGCCGUUUGUGUUCCACAUGCACAAAUGGGAAAUUACUUUCGCCGUGUACAAAUACCUCUGAUGCCCGCUGUUGUGAAGACGGACAAUGGGAAUGCAGAGAACUCACUACAGAGAGAAGAACAGCGAGUACGGAGUCCAUCACAUCGGCAGUUACAAUGGAUCAUACAACCGUAUACAAGACAGUUAAAGCACAUAUCGACACUCCGAGCAUAUCCGAUUCUACUACUUGGAUUUGUUUAGGGGCAGUGUUUUUCAUCAUAAUUUGUGUUAUUAUCUAUAUGCUGUACAUUAUUAAGAAGAGGAAACAUCCUGGCUUCAGAGAGAAAAAAUGGAUCAUUGGAAGAAGCUUGAAAAAUAAUGUUAUCCUGGAAGAUGGCAAUAGAUGUAUAACAUAUACAUCCAGACAAGACAAUGUUGAGUUCAACAUGGCUAUAAAUGACCUACUGUCCCCUGAUAUCCAGGCUGCUUCUCUUCAAACAAUGCUGAACGAUCUGGACGUGGUGGAUGAGCUUGUCUUCCUGCUGGACCCAGACACCCCUGGAGUGAAGAGCACUCGUCACCUUGCUGCAAACUGCUCCAUCCCCUUCAUCUGGAUCAACUAUGCCUAUUCAAUGAAGGACAGUAAGAGUCCUCUUAUUGCGCUGUUGGAACGAGUAAUUGCCAACCACCCCCACUGGAACGUGGGGCACUUUGCUGGCCUGCUAAGCCACAUUGGGCGCAAUGACGCAGUGCUCGUGCUCAGGAAGCUUACUUUAAGUACCAUGGUAGUUUAGGUUUAAUUUGUCGUCAUAUGGGACCUAAUGUGCUCUAGUGUAAAUUUGGAGUAGUAUUUACAUUGAGUGGUCAUACUUUAUGGCUGAGUUUUUCCAUUAAAGUUUAAGUGUAGUUUACUAAUUGAGUAAUACAAUAACCAAAAUAUAAAUCUUAAAAUAUUUAGACCUUUUGUAGAUGCCCAUUCUUAGCUUUGUUGAAGUCAUGUCUAUCAUAUGCCUUUUUUUCUGUAGAUUUGAUUGACAAUCUCAAUAUUUUAUUUGUUCUAUUAACAGGUACUAACAUUAUUCUGUUUCUAUUUUGUUCUAUUGGACUAAUCAGUGUUCUUGGGAUAAAAAGCAAAAUCUUUAAUAUAUAUAUAUAUAUAUAUAUAUAUGUGUGUGUAAAUCUGGGUUUUCCAAAUAUACACUGGAGAUCAAAAUUAGAGAACAACUUAUGAACACGCAAUUUUUUCAGAAAUAAUGUAAUUUUUAUUGACCAACAUUUGAAGAAUUUUUUGUUAGGGGUAUACCAUGCCACAAGAACAGUGUUUUACAAAAUAACCAAGAUAUUUCAACAUAAAACCUUUAUUCUGCAGAAAACACAAUAAACAAAAUUAGAGAACAGCAAUGACUAUCACAGAGGAAGGUUACAACAGUCACCAAUCAGUAGGAAGUGUAAAGGCCGUUGCUUGGAAUGACUUCAGCACAUCUGUGGCCACAGGACAUCAAGCCUCUCACACUCUGGUGUGAUUUUGGUCCACUCUUCUUGCAGUCUCUUCCACAAUUCAGUGACUGUUGUGGGUUUCUUGGCCAUACCUUUGUCACCAAGGACUUCCAGAGGUUUUCUAUUGGCUUUAAAUCAGGACUUGGAGCUGUUUCAAUGUUUUCAGUUUCAAGGAAGUGCUUUACCCAUUUUGCUGUGUGACAGAGGGCCACUGCUGUGUCACUUUGGAACAGCCCCCCAUCUUGCAAAGUCAGUGAAAACUGGAAAGUUAGGCUGCCAGUUAAAUAGGGUUUGUUAGAUAAUUAAGGAAAUUAGCACCAGGUGCCAGAUUAACACCAAUAACUUGCAGGUAUCUGUGUUCUCUAAAUUUGAUCCAGUGUUUUCAGUUCUCUCAUUUAAGUUUUUUUAUACUGUGCUUUUAGAAUAUAUACAACUCAUGAAAUAAGCUUAAAAUACUGCUCUUUUAUUCCUGUUAGGAUAAAUUCGCAUAGGACAACCUUGACAUAUAGGAAAUUGUGGUGUUCUCCAAUUUUGAUCAAUUUUGAUCUGAUCAGUGUAGAUUAGAUUCCCUUGAACUAGACAUUUUUCCCCCAACAAUACUUCCAAAUGAUCUACAUAACUUUCAUAUUUAUCAAUAAAAUUUGUAAGCAAAAUGAAAA